UCUUUGACACGUAGCCAAGCGACGGGCCACAAAGUCAGCGUCUGGGUUUUUACUGGUCUCAUGUGGACGAGCAAAUAAAUCAGAAAACCGGUGAGAGAAGAUUCCCCAACGUUUUCUGGAGACCAGCAACGUAAUGAAAACUGAAAAGGACGGUGAAGAGGUGACCGGGGUGUCGGCAAAUCGAUUCACCGGAGAGGCGCCUCCCUCUGGGAUGUCCAAGAAUGGGUACUUUUUUCAAGAAAUGGAGCAGCGGGAGGUGGAGCAGGAGGAGGGCAGCGAGUGCCGAGAGGAAAUACAAGACUCGCCAAUCGCCUGUGGAGAUGACAUCCACCUCUAUGACAACCAGAUCAGCCCUGGGUCAGACGCUGACGACUGUGGCUGUGUGUUACUGAACACAUCAAGAAGGUAUGUGAAGCUGAUGAACUUUCAAGAGGAAGUUCGGGCACAUCGGGACCUGGAUGGCUUCCUGGCGAGGGCCAGUAUUCUGCUGGAUGAGACGGCUGCCUCCCUGGAUGACGUUCUGAAGAGAAUGUUGCACCACGUGGGUCAGGACAGUCAUGCAUCUGAGCCUGGCUGCAACUUCGAGGAGGUGAUGAGCAUGCUUUUCACAGAUGCAGGAGCUCAGGAGGUCAACGACAAGUCUCAAAGUUUCGUUUUCUUUGAUGACGUUCAUCUGCUGUCAGAGACGAUCCAGGGGGUGACGGCCACUGCCACCGGGAUCCAGUACCAGCAAUCCUGGCUCUGCAUCCUCUGCAACGUGAAGCAUCUCCAGAGGCGUCACGUGUGCAUCUCCCGCCUGGAGAGACCGCAGAACUGGGGAGAAAACUGCUGCGAGGUCCGCUAUGUCAUCCUGAUAUUGGCCCCGUUGAAAAUGAAAAGCACCAAGACAGCGAUGGAGCUGGGCAGGACGUUCGCCACCCUCUUCUCUGACAUCUCCUUCAGGCAGAAACUGCUGGAGACCAAGACGCAAGAGGAGUUUAAAGAGGCGCUGGUGUUCCAGCGGCACCAGCUGACAGCAGCCAACCAGCAGCCUAUUGCUUUGGGGAAGGAGGAGACAGACCCCCGCAGUCACAAACCCCUCACGUGCAAAGAUUUCUUCAAAGCCGGCCGGGGGAUUUACGAGGACUUGCGCCGCAGACUGCCUUUCUACGCCUCUGACUUCACAGAUGGUAUAGUUGGCAGUAAUAAAACCCUGUUGAAGUACAUGACCACAGCUAUCUUCCUCUACAUUGCCAUCCUCCUCCCCGCCAUCGCUUUCGGCUCCCUCAAUGAUGAGACCACACGUGGUGAGAUCGAUGUUCGGAAGACCAUCAUUGGCCAGAGCAUCGGCGGGGUCGUCUACUCGUUGUUCGCCGGCUCUCCUCUAGUCAUCCCUCUCACCACAGCUCCCCUCGCCAUCUUCAUCAGUGUAAUUCGAGGAAUUUGUGACGACUACGACCUGGACUUCCCAUCUUUCUAUGCUUGCAUCGGUCUGUGGAACUGUCUCUUCCUCAUCCUGGGAGGGAUCUUCAACGUCAGCCUGCUCAUGAAGCUCUUCAAAAGAUCGACAGAGGAGGUCAUCGCCCUGUUCAUUUCCAUUGCAUUUGUGGUUGAUGCAGUGAAAGGCACAGUGAAAAUCUUUCACAGAUACUAUCACGCCCCGACGCUGACUAACAGGAGCACAGAGGGCUAUCCUCAGGGUGGAAACCUGCUGGGAAGCAACAGGAGUGAAGUAGCUGGGCUGGUGUUCAACACCCUCCCUGAAUCCCUCAUCCAGUGCACUCGAGAGAGGCCUGUCCUCUGCCUCCUGCUGAUGCUCGGGACAUUAUGGAUGGGCUACACGCUUUACCAGUUCAAAAGAAGUCCGUUCCUGCAUGCCAAAGUGAGGGAGGUGCUGUCGGACUGUGCCCUGCCGAUCUCUGUGCUCCUCUUCUCCUUCAUCGGGUCCUACAUCUUCAGUGACAUUGAGCUUCCGGUCUUUAAUUUUAAAGACCGGCCCGUCUUCAGCGUAGCCCCAUUCGAGCGGCUGUCGGCCAUGAACAUUGUCAGCGCUAUGGGCCUCGGUUUCCUCUUGGCCCUCCUCAUCUUCAUCGACCAGAACAUUGUAGUCUCCCUGACCAACGCUCCAGAGAACAGGUUGCUGAAGGGCACAGCGUAUCACUGGGACCUGAUGCUCUCUGGACUCAUUAACAUACUGAUGUCAGUGCUGGGGUUGCCCUGGAUGCACGCCGCCUUCCCCCACUCCACCCUCCAUGUUCGCCAGCUGGCUUUUGUGGAGCAGCGCGUAGAGCGGGGGCACCUUUAUGAGACUAUCGUCCAGGUGAAGGAGACCCGGCUGACGUCUCUCGCUGCCAAUAUCUUCAUCGGAGUGUCGGUGCUACUGCUGCCCGUGCCGUUGCAGUGGAUCCCCAAACCCGUCUUGUACGGCCUCUUCCUCUACAUCGCCCUCACCUCCAUCGACGGAAACCAGAUGUGUGACCGCAUGGCACUCCUCCUCAAGGAGCAGACGUCGUACCCACCUACCCACUACAUCCGCAAAGUGCCCCAGAGAAAGAUCCACUACUUCACCUUCCUGCAGAUGAUGCAGCUGCUGGUGCUGUGCACGUUUGGCAUGUACCCGAUACCAUAUAUGAAGAUGAUCUUUCCUCUGGUCAUGAUCCUGCUAAUCCCAAUGAGGAACAACGUGCUUCCUCAUAUCAUUGAGGCCAAAUAUUUGGACAUAAUGGAUGCCCAACACAUGUAGCUACAGAUGGAGACUGGCUCUGGAUCCAAAAAAAAAGAUGUCUGGAGUUUUAAAAAAGUACUGAGGAUAAAAAAAAAAAACAUUUUUCAAUGCAAAACUGUACGUAAGCAAAAAGGAGAACUACAGACUGUUUUGUAUCCGAUGAGAACAUUCUUACAGGUGAAGCACUGGAAACGUGGGAAGUUGUGUGAGGAAGAGUGAUGAGAGCUGUGAGAAAGUUUCCAAACGUGGACAGACGGCAUCUCAGCGGGGAAACUUCCGCCCAAAAACCGGACGGUCCAGAACGCCCUCUUUCUCCUCCAUGUGAUCCUGUCAGAGCGUUGAGUGCCAUACACCGCCACAUCCUCCUCUCACUCCUUUACUUUGUGUGAUAACACUUCACAGUAUCCUUCCUGCAGUGUAUGAAUCUAACCUGUGGGUACAGUAAGUGCUUAAAGUACUCACUAAUACUGUGCAAGUAAUAAAAAUGCUGCCAGUGCACAUUGUGUAGUACUGAGAAAGAUGCAAUG